AUGGCUGAGACGCCAUGGACUCGGAUCGUCCGCUUCCCGCCAUCAACAGUAAGCUCCUACUUCCUUUGCGCAACAGCUGCACUGGACCUUUUUCCUAACAGAUCUUCAACUACAGUAUGGGUGUUUUUCGCUCUAGCCGCCCUUGACAUUGCCGCAAAUGCCGCUGCAGGCCCCGCCGCCGUGGCGACGGCUGUUCACGUCAACGGCAGCGAGCUCACCGUGCGAGCAUUGCAAUUAGGGGCUCUAGCUGGGGUCACUAAGUCCGGGGUACUGGCAUUCGUCGAAUUUGUCUCAUAUGCAGGCAUACCGACUCCAGCAUGGCUGCUUCUCAUCUUGCUUGCUAGUAGUUUUGGGAUCUGUGUGCUGGUGACGGCGGAGAUAAGCAACCUAGUGCUUGGGGAAGCACCGAGUGGAUUGCUGAUUGCAGCUAUUGUCGCCGCUAUACCGCUGGGCGGGGAAUGUAUGGGCAUAUAUCAGUGCCACGACAUCUGCCCGUACAACGUCGCCGCUGCCGCCGGGGCUGUUUACGGCGUCAUCACCGGGUUCUUCCACACUAUCUUAGGAUGCAUGGCUGGGUGGACAAGAACUGAGAGUACCAACGGCCACUACACUACAACAAAUAUUUUUGGGACGGUGUCGGGCUAUGAUCCAAACUGGCACCACAAUACAUUUUUGUAG